CAUCAUUAAAUUGUAUUCCUAAUGAAGCAAACAAUAACGAUGAGAAUGUUACUGCAUUUUCUUUCAGUAUUGCUGGGUGUCCUUACUAGUAUUUUGGUUUCCAGUAUUGCUCAAGAUCAAUCAGGAUUCAUUAGCUUAGAUUGUGGUCUACCUGAAGAUGUGACCUAUUCUGAUAGGAGCACAGGCAUAAAUUACAUUUCAGAUGCCAAAUUCAUAAAUACUGGUGUAAGUAAGAGGUUAGGAAAUUCUGAAAAGCUUAGUCAAGAGUUACUAGAAUAUGUGAGGAGCUUUCCUAGUGGGGUGAGAAAUUGUUACAAAAUAAAGGUAACAAGUGGUACUAAAUAUUUAAUCAGAACUUCAUUCUACUAUGGAAAUUAUGAUAAUCUAAAUAAGCCACCACAAUUUGAUCUUCAUCUUGGAGCUAAUGUGUGGGAUACAGUGAAGUUCACCAAUUUAUCAUUUAUCCAAACCAGUGAGAUCAUUUACACUCCAUCACAGGAUUAUAUACAACCAUGUCUUGUUAACACUGCACCUUCGACUUCUUUCAGUGUGGAUGAUAACCCUGGUCUUUGUACGACGGAAUCAUGCAAAAAGAAGCAUUUGUCUGUACCACUUAUUGCAUCAUUUUCAGCAUUAAUUGUAAUCCUCUUGAUUUCUCUUGGGGUUUGGAGAUUCAGAAGACAAAAAGUUACGUCUUCAAAUUCUAAGAAAAAGGGUUCAAUGAAAUCAAAACAUCAAGCAUUCAGUUAUACUGAAAUUCUCAAUAUUACUGAUAACUUCAAAACUAUAAUUGGAGAAGGAGGAUUUGGAAAAGUUUACUUUGGCACUCUACAAGAUCAAACUCAAGUCGCUGUUAAGAGGCUUUCACCAUCAUCAAUGCAAGGUUAUAAGGAGUUUCAAUCAGAGGCACAACUUUUAACGAUUGUUCAUCAUAGAAAUUUGGUCUCCCACCUUGGAUAUUGUGAUGAAGGUGAAAUCAAAGCAUUGGUUUAUGAAUAUAUGGCCAAUGGAAAUCUCCAACAACUCUUAUUCGUGGAAAAUUCAAAUAUCUUAACAUGGAAUGAGAGACUAAACAUUGCAGUUGAUGCAGCACACGGACUGGAUUAUCUACAUAAUGGAUGUAAACCACCUAUUGUGCAUAGAGAUUUGAAACCAUCCAACAUAUUACUAGAUGAUAAGAUGCAUGCCAAGAUAGCAGAUUUCGGUCUAAGUAGAGCUUUUGGUAACGAUGUUGAUUCUCAUAUAUCUACACGCCCUGCUGGUACAUUUGGUUACAUUGAUCCAGAUGGCCAAAUUCAGAGAACGGGAAACACGAAUAAGAAUAAUGAUAUCUAUAGCUUUGGGAUAAUUCUAUUUGAAUUGAUCACUGGCCAGAAAGCACUAGGAAGAGCAUCAGGAGAAACCAUUCACAUACUUCAAUGGGUUACUCCCAUAGUUAAAAGUGGAGAUAUUCAAAACAUUGUUGAUGCGAGGUUGCAGGGUGAAUUCAACAUCAAUUCAGCAUGGAAAGUUGUAGAGAUAGCCAUGUCAUGCACUUCAGCAAUUGCAGUUGAAAGACCAGACACGAGCCAAAUAUUGGCAGAGCUAAAGGACUGUGUAUCUUUGGAGAUAGUUCAGAGAAAUAGUGGAAGCGCGGCCAUAUAUGAAUUGACUUCUUUAUCUAUUGGAUCAAAUACUAGUCCUUUAGCUAGGUAACCACCAUAUGGUGAUUUCUUCAUCCUGUAUUGAGUGUCACACUAAAUGUCCUAGUAUAGUGGUCAUCGAUUGUAUGGUAUGAAUUAAUAAUUUUUUUUUUUUUUU